AAGAAUCAAUCGCCUGUAUUUCAGUGCUUUCAGAGAGAGAGAGAGAGAGAGAGAGAGAGAGGCGCGCGCGCGGCCACACACAUGUUGUAUUGAAUUCAGCAUUGGAUCCUCUGGGCGAAGCGGGCGAAAACAUUGGGAUGGCUAUAAUCCGAGCAAGUCACUCAACGAAUUGAAAUCCAAGACGAUGAUGAUGAUUUUCUUGACUAGCAAGUAGCCCAAUUCUAUAUCACCAUCAUCCUCAUCCAUCCUUUUUCUCACCCAAAGUCUUCAGCUUUUCUAAAAAGUCUCCUUGUUGUUCCUCGCUGUCGUUUCUUCUGAAAGAUACUGAUACCCCAAAUAUUCUCCUUCCGUACUCUCUGGCUCAUCAGCUGCAUGAGCGAAUAACACCCAGGUCAUCAAUUUCCUUUUCGCUAUCUACGGGCAUCUCAGAGACGGCUCUGAACGGCGCCAUGAAAUUUAUUUCUUUCUUAAUUGUGGGCUCAAAAGACCGCGAUCAUGAUCAGCUUCAAGAUCAGAAUUUGGUUUCUUCUCUAACGAUAAAGACUACGGCGCCGUCUCUCGGGAAAUUUGACGCCGCCGAUGAUGAUUACGAUCAUGAUAGUGGGAGGUGUCGAACUCCAACUUCGUCGGAUCAGAGGAUUCCGUUGGUCCCCAAAUGCCCGCCAGCGCCCAGAAAGCCCAAGUCGCUUCCUUUGACUCCGGGUAAAAGAAACGCGGCGACCCGGCGGCGACUCCUUCUCGAUCUGUCGGGCGAGGUUGAAUCACUGUUUCCUACGCCACUUGUUGCAGAUCUCGGCGAGAGCGGUAGGAUCAAGAAAGCCAGAAAAGUAAACUAGAUCAGGUUAUCAUCAUUUAUUUUAUAUAGGUGUGGUAAUGAUCUGCAUGCUCCAUUUUUGUAUAAUCUUCUCAGGGGUUAGUUUUCUCAGCUCAAUGUCGAUCGUUUCUUUGGUGAAAUGCAAUCAAGAUCGCGUUUUCUAGACUUAUCAGAAAUUAAAAGAUUACUUUGUGUCUGCGCGUGUUGUGGGUUGCGAAUGUUUGCAUGACUUACCGUGUUUGUUUUAGAGGAAAGUCUAUUGACUUUCCCGAGAAAAUUAGACAUUCUUCAACGUUGAUUCAGCCAGUAGGGGGAAGAAAAUCCCUAGCUAGUGUAUUCUCGGUUGGCGGAAGAUUGCAGUAAGUAAACAAAGGGUCCUAAC